GUCAACACGGCAAAAAUAGAGAGUUUACAGAGCAAGCUCUCUCCUCUCUCCUGACUGGUUCACUCGCCUCAUCUAACUAACGCAUCCUUGGGGAAACACACUUUUAAGCACACACACACACACACACACGUUGAAGCUCCGCUCAGCAGCAGCAGGGAGUGAACAGCCAGCUCUCGGUUUAUCCCCGCCAUUCCCCGGUACAGUAACUUCCUCAGCAUCUCCCGGCCUCUGCAGAGAGAGAGAGAGAGAGAGAGAGAGAGAGAGAGAGACCACCGCCCGACAACCCAACUGGAAACCGGCCCCGCCGCUCUAUAGUAACGGACUGACCGACCGAAUAUAAACCCGGAGAAGGGAAGAGGUCUAUCUAGUGCUCAACAUCCCGUUAUCGCCGGUAGAAUAUACUUCAGACUGCGGAUUUAAGCCGUCACAUUGGCCAGUUGUCCAUUUGGACGGAGAGAGAGAGAGAGAACCGGUAGUGCGCAGUGUGAGAACACAACAGAAACCACUUGACGCCGAAAAAGUCCCGGGCACUUUCCCCCCGGUAUUUUAGGAAACAGAAGGGACGCGUCUCACUUUACCGAAAUACCGACGCCGGUUAGCCUAAAACGGAGCCGGUGUGAGCAACAGCUACCACCGGAAGAAAAAAGAAAAAAAAAUCAGUGAGGUUGCCAGGGUAACCUCCCCCAGCCAAUCAGCAGUCAUGGAUGAGAUGGAUCUACCCCAGAUGAAGAAGGAAGUGGAGAGCCUGAAAUACCAACUGGCCUUCAAGAGAGAGAAGUCUUCCAAGACAGUCACUGACAUGGUGAAGUGGAUCGAGGACGGCGUACCCGAGGACCCCUUCCUGAACCCUGAACUCAUGAAGAACAACCCCUGGGUGGAAAAGGGAAAGUGUGUCCUGUUGUAGACUGAUUACCGACCCCUGACCCUGCCGUGACCUCUGACCCCAGCCUGAUGGGGCAUGGCAGGACAGCACCCCCCCCCUGCUAGUUUCAGCCACGUUGAUGCAUCACAGAUUACCUUUAAUUCUAUGUUGAUAUGAUAUGAAGUGUAUUUAUGCAGCCAGUCACUCACUCACUCAGUCAGCCAGUCACUCACUCACUCAGUCAGCCAGUCACUCACUCAGUCACUCACUCACUCACUCACUCA